AUGCCACGCUGGCAAUCGAUGUCCACACCCGGAGUCAAAAUCGGCCGCCUUAAUCCUGCAAAAGGCCUGAAACUCACCAAGGAACUCAAGGAGGGUUUCUGGAUCUGGGGAAACACAGAAGUUUUGCUGCGUUGGCAAAAUGGCGCCCCGUUUUACAACGUCCGAGCCCAGGGAUCCUCGAACACCAAGGUUAAUUCGUCAGACAUCUUGCUAUACGAUGAUUCCCUUGACGAGCUCAAGCGCCUGAUCUUGCUGAAGGAGCUCGCGGAGGGCCACCUGAAGAACCCAAACUUGCCGGGAUAUUGA